CCGCUUACUUCGCGGUCCCACUGAAAAUCGCCAUCCGCAAUAGGCUGUUGCGCGUCCACUGGAGGGCUUUCUAUUUUACGGGAGGCACCAACAAAGACAGGCGGCUCCGGGUCGAUGACAUCACAAGCGGGCCUUCGACAAGCAGGAAACCGGAAGUGCCGGUCUCGGGCCGGCUGACGUGUUAGAGUGUGCCCUGGCAGUGUACUCCAGUCCAGUCGGAUGAACGGCCACCAUGGAGGCGCUUUAUCACCAGACCAACAAGCAAGUCCAUGAAGUCCAGUCAUACAUGGGUCGCCUAGAGACAUCAGACAAGCAGUCGGUCCAUUUGGUAGAAAACGAAAUCCAGGCGCGAAUAGACAGGAUCUUCAGCAACUUAGAACGGUUGGAAAUCUUCUGUAACAAGGAGCCUCCUAGCAAGCGGCAGAAUGCCAAACUCCGAGUUGACCAGUUGAAAUAUGACAUCCAGCACCUGCAGACUGCACUGAGGAACUUCCAGCAUCGGCGCUAUGCACGGGAGCAGCAAGAGAGACAACGUGAGGAGCUUCUGGCCCGGACAUUCACCACUAAUGAUUCUGACACCACCAUUCCGAUUGAUGAAACAUUACAAUUUAAUGAGUCCCUUCAAAAUGCACACCGUGGCAUGGAUGAUCUUAUUGGCAGCGGAACCAGCAUCCUACGGGGCCUGAGGGAUCAGAGAGUGACAUUAAAGGGCACCCAGAAGAAAAUCCUGGAUGUUGCCAACAUGUUGGGCUUAUCCAACACAGUCAUGCGCCUCAUUGAGAAACGUGCCUUCCAGGAUAAAUACUUCAUGAUUGGAGGCAUGAUUCUGACAUGCGUGGUCAUGUUUCUCGUGGUGCAUUAUCUGACGUGAGCGACGAGAGAACUCGCUAGCAGACUGUGAUGGACUGACUGCCUUUCUUCGUGGACUUCCAACGUAACUGUGAAAUUCCUGCCUUCUGGAUUGGUCAUGGUCUCUCUUUAUGGCUCAUGUGAUGCUCAAGUUUAGCAUAUGUGGCCUGUGGUAUUUGGUGCUGAGGGGUGCUCAUGAAGCCACAUAGUGCUGAGAUGGAAUGUCAUUCUUCAGUCAUUUGGUGGGCAGAUUGUCCAUGCUGCACACAGGUUUAGCUGACAAUGCAGCAUGUAGUGGCCAUGUGAUGCUUACAUGAGUGGUGCGAAUUCAUGUAGCCACGUAACUCCAGUGUGAUCAUGAUGGAGCCCAAGAAAAGUGCAUUGGAACUGCGGACCGCUUCGUGUUCUUAUGAACCAGAUUGCAUAUGUGAAUGCCAUGGCCAGCUGAGGGCCUUUUUUUUUUAACCUUGUUUUAGUGCUAGGAGGCAAGAAGAGUAUUUUCCCCAUAAUGGCUGAAGUAAAUAGAAAUCUAGUCCAUGUGCCAAAGAGAUCUUUUUUUCUUUCUGAAAGCCAUGGAUUCUGUGUCUUUCUCUUAUUUAGGACAUGGAGAUUGUGAAAGCUGGACAUUGAGGUAACCUAUUUUCAAACAGAUAAUUGUAAAAUAUUGAGGGAUCUUGAUGUAAUGGUUGGCACGAAUCACAGUUCAGUUUUCAGAAUCUAGCUCUCAGUGCGUUUUUCAAGUGGCAAAAGAAGAGAGGGAGGUCUCGGGCUAUAUGUGUCUGAGGACAUCCUGCCUACCACUGGAAGUGUAAUACAUCUGUAAAGAUCCUUGCGAAAAGCAUUUAUAAAAAGCUUUUAUUAUCCUCAGGGCCACUAGCUCACUGCACAAAUAAUAGAAUGUGGCAUCCAGCACAGCAGCAAAGUAUCUGAGAAUUCCAGGUUUUUUUUUAAAAAAACUUUAAAAAUAAGUUUCUAGUCCUCAUGGGUACAAACUGAGAAAAAAGUGAAAGCCGGCUUUAAUGACUCUUGAAAUUACAGUGUGUCUUUGGAUGGGGAUGGUUUUCUGUCGCAUGACAAUGGCUGCGAUUCUAUGUGCAUUGUACAUGGAAGUAAAUCCCAUUGAACAGUGUUGCCUGACUUACAUGCAUAUACUGUGCCCCCGCCACCACCCCUAAUUCCAAAUAUCUCAUGAA